CUGUUCCUUUUUCUUUUCCCCUUUUGAAAAAGGCUUGGGGUUUUCAUUUUCCCUUUCAUAUGGCAGUUUUGGUUUUGUUGUUUGGGGAGAUGACUUUCAUGUCUUUUUGAAAAGCUUUAUUUUAGUAGCAGUGUAAAAGUCAAGCAUGCAGAGAAACGAGAAGAUAAAUAAUACUAACAUAACACUCUCAGCCAUAAACUAGGGUUCCCAGUUACUAUCUUUCAAACGCUCAGUCCAUUGAUUUUCAAGGCCUUGCCUUCUACUUCUCUUUUUCAGACAUAAAACAAAAAACCCAGAAAGGUUUUCCUUUUUUUUCUUAAAGCGAAAGAGAGAGAGGGAUAGAGAACGAAGAGCUAAGCUGUAACAAGCAGAAGGGGUUUUGCUUGAGCCUUCUUUCUCUUUCUUUCUCUCCAUUACAAUCACUUGUUUAUAGAGAGGGACUGUGUGACAUUUAGAGUUUCUUUGUUUAUCCUUUUUGUUUCCUCUAUUUCUCUUCCGUAGGUUUUCUUCUUCUUCUUUUUUUAUGGAUAUGUUGGUUAGCAAAUCUGGGUUCCAUUCCAUGAGAGUGUGAAAUGAAUCAAAUCAGUCAAAUGGGAGUGUAGUUAGAAAGAGUGCUUGUAAAUUUUUUUUAGAGGAAAAAAAGAGAGAAAUAAAAGUUGUACGCUUGAUAGGUAUAGAACAAUAAAGAACAGGGAGAAAAAAAGGAUAUUAUUUGAUGAGUUUUGGGGGAUUUUUGGAUAACAGCACUGGUGGAGGCUUUGGGGGUGCAAGAAUGGUUGCAGACAUCCCUUAUAGCAAUAACAUGGCCACCGGUGCUACUGCUAUUGCCCAGCCUCGGCUUAUGUCUCCUUCUCUUCCUAAGAACAUAUUUAACUCUCCAGGGCUCUCCCUUGCUCUCCAACCGAAUAUAGAUAAUCAAGGAGAUCAUGGCAGCAGGAUAAUGCGUGAGAGUUUGGAGGGAAGUGUGGGGAGAAGAAGUAGAGAAGAAGAACAUGAGAGCAGAUCUGGGAGUGAUAACAUGGAUGGAGCUUCGGGAGAUGAUCAAGACGCCGCCGACAAGCCUCCCAGGAAGAAGAGAUACCACCGACACACUCCUCAGCAAAUCCAAGAGCUUGAAGCUCUCUUUAAGGAGUGCCCUCAUCCCGAUGAGAAGCAGAGAUUGGAGCUUAGCAAAAGGCUUUGCUUAGAAACCAGACAGGUUAAGUUUUGGUUCCAAAACCGCCGUACCCAAAUGAAGACCCAAUUGGAACGCCAUGAGAACUCUUUGCUCAGGCAAGAGAAUGAUAAGCUUCGAGCUGAAAACAUGUCUAUAAGGGACGCUAUGAGGAAUCCCAUUUGUACUAAUUGCGGGGGUCCGGCGAUUAUCGGUGAUAUAUCCCUUGAAGAACAACACCUUAGGAUCGAGAACGCUCGUUUAAAAGAUGAGCUAGAUCGAGUUUGUGCACUGGCAGGCAAGUUUCUGGGGCGUCCCAUUUCAACACUAGCCACUUCAAUUGCACCUCCAUUGCCCAACUCAAGUUUGGAGCUUGGAGUUGGUAGCAACGGUUUCGGAGCUUUAAGCACCGUGGCUACAACAUUGCCUCUGGCGCCUGACUUUGGAGGUGGGAUGUCAAAUGCUUUGAUUCCUGCUAGCAGACCAACAACUGCAGUGACUGGACUCGACAGAUCGGUGGAAAGAUCCAUGUUUUUGGAACUUGCUUUGGCAGCAAUGGAUGAAUUGGUUAAGAUGGCACAAACUGAUGAACCGCUUUGGAUUAGGAGCUUGGAAGGUGGGAGAGAAAUACUAAACCAAGAUGAGUACUUGAGGACUUUCACUCCUUGCAUUGGCAUGAAAUCCAACGGCUUUGUCACUGAGGCUUCUCGAGAGUCUGGGAUGGUGAUUAUCAACAGUUUGGCCCUUGUUGAAACCUUGAUGGACUCGAAUCGUUGGUCGGAGAUGUUUCCAUGUAUGAUUGCCAGAACAUCAACGACUGAUGUGAUAUCUAGUGGUGUGGGAGGAACCAGGAACGGUGCACUUCAACUGAUGCAUGCUGAGCUCCAAGUCCUUUCUCCUUUGGUUCCAGUUCGCGAGGUUAAUUUCCUAAGGUUCUGCAAGCAACACGCAGAAGGGGUUUGGGCUGUGGUCGAUGUGUCCAUUGAGACCAUCCGAGAAACUUCGGGUGCACCCUCAUUUGUGAACUGCAGGAGGCUUCCUUCUGGCUGUGUUGUGCAAGAUAUGCCCAAUGGCUACUCCAAGGUGACAUGGGUGGAACAUGCAGAAUAUGAGGAGAGCCAAGUUCACCAACUCUACCACCCAUUGCUAAGAUCGGGGAUGGCCUUCGGUGCCCAACGCUGGGUGGCCACCCUACAGCGCCAAUGCGAAUGCCUUGCUAUCCUUAUGUCCUCCUCUGUUCCCACUAGGGAUCAUACAGGGAUAACUGCAAGUGGGAGACGAAGCAUGCUAAAGCUAGCCCAACGAAUGACGGAUAAUUUCUGUGCUGGGGUGUGUGCCUCCACGGUUCAUAAAUGGAACAAGCUGAACGUAGGGAACGUGGAUGAGGACGUUAGGGUAAUGACCCGAAAGAGCGUUGACGACCCCGGUGAGCCACCGGGCAUCGUGUUGAGCGCGGCUACUUCAGUUUGGUUGCCAGUGUCACCUCAAAGACUGUUUGAUUUCCUGCGUGAUGAACGGCUGAGAAGCGAGUGGGACAUCUUGUCCAACGGUGGUCCCAUGCAAGAGAUGGCCCACAUCGCCAAAGGCCAAGAUCACGGCAACUGCGUCUCCCUCCUCCGUGCCAGCGCCAUGAACGCAAACCAGAGCAGCAUGCUGAUACUGCAGGAGACAUGCAUCGAUGCGGCGGGAUCGCUUGUGGUGUACGCGCCUGUUGACAUCCCAGCCAUGCACGUGGUUAUGAACGGAGGUGAUUCCGCUUACGUGGCUCUCUUACCCUCGGGUUUUGCUAUCGUCCCCGAUGGACCAGGCUCUCGUGGGCCUACCUCUAAUGGGCAGGUUAACAGGAACGGCGGUGGUGGGGGCGGGGCUCAAAGAGUGGGUGGGUCCCUUCUCACGGUGGCUUUCCAAAUACUGGUCAACAGUUUACCGACGGCCAAACUCACGGUGGAAUCAGUGGAGACGGUGAAUAAUCUGAUUUCAUGCACCGUCCAGAAGAUUAAAGCUGCCCUUCAAUGUGAAAGCUGAGGAAAAAGGCUCACGUGAUCCUGAGGCCAGUUUCUUUAUUAGUUUAUUUUUUUUGUUCUAGUCCAUUUAAAAAAAAAUUCAAAAGGAAGUGUGCUUUUACUGUUGUACUCCUUUGUGUGAGGAAGUCUUUGCGUGUAACUCAGUGGGUGUUGAGUCAAGAACGAACCGCGCUUGGAGACUCCUUGCAUGGAUCGUAUAUCAGGCUUGUGACUCAAGUGCAAAAUGUAAGGGUGGUGGUUCGGGUAUUGACUCUGGUCGACCCUUGAGAUGGCUCAACAUGGAAAAUGAAAAAAAAAAAGUUAAAAAAAAAAUCCAAGAACAAGGAUAUCUUCAACAGACAACUUCUUAGUUAUUAUUGUAUUAAAAACAUCUUUUGCUACGAGUUCAAAUUGUCAAGCUCAAGUGCUAGUUUAAUGAUGGUAUUAA